GAAUUGUGGCUUCCACGCUAUCGAGAGGAGCUAUGACGAUUUAGAUGCGCCUUGGCAUCCACCAAUCCGCGGUACCUCGAUGUCCCGCGUAGCAUCGAUUGUCUUAAGUUCAAACCCAAACUUCCCCUCUCAACUCUUGCCUAUCAUGCCAAAGCCGGGCUCGAAUUGUGACGGCGUCACUGGUGUACUUCGAGGAUGCGGUUGAGUUUGGCUCCAGUCUGCCGGCCGCAGCAAUGGAAACCGCUCCUCACGGCCCGUCGAUCAUAUGCCUUUCAGUCCGGCAGCCUCAACUUUGAAGUCUUCAACCGUCGCGCAAAGUGGUUGCAGAAGGAGAGGGCAGCUGCCAAUGUUGAAGGGGGUCGUCAAGCCGACUACCUCAAGGAUGAGGUCGCCAUGCGCGUGUGCGAACGUCUUUUGGACGUCAAACGCCAAUUCCCCCGCGUCCUCGACCUCGGCGCAAACUCCUGCAACAUCGCCCGCGCCGUCCUCCGCCCAGACCCGGACCCCGAAUCCGAGCCCCCGGUCACCGACCCCCUAGCCACCAAGAUCACCGAGCUCGUCGCCGCCGAAUCCUCCCACUCCCUCCUCCACCGGGACCACGACCACCCCUCUCUCUCCACCACCCAUGUUCCCGACUUCAAGCUCACGCGCCACGUCCUCGAGCAUGACGAGCUCCUCCCCUUUGAGCCCGACUCCUUCGACAUGGUGCUCAGCAGCAUGUCCAUGCACUGGAUCAACGAUCUGCCGGGCGUGCUCUCGCAGAUCAACAGCGUGCUGAAGCCCGACUGCCCGUUCAUCGGCGCCAUGCUCGGCGGCGACACCCUGUACGAGCUGCGCACGUCUCUCCAGCUGGCGGAGCAAGAGCGCAAAGGAGGAAUCUCACCUCACGUGUCGCCAUUGGCGGACGUGCGCGACGUCGGCGGCCUGCUGCAGCGCACGGGGUUCAAGAUGUUGACGGUGGACGUGGAGGACAUAGUGGUGGACUACCCGGACAUGUUUGCGCUCAUGCAGGACCUGCAGGCCAUGGGCGAGGGCAACGCGGUGCUGGGGCGGGAGAUGGGACCCAUUGGCCGGGAUGUGUUGCUGGCGGGUGAUGCGAUCUAUAGGGCGCUGCAUGGGAAUGAGGAUGGGAGCAUUCCGGCGACGUUUAGGAUCAUUCACAUGAUUGGGUGGAAGGAAAGUCCGCAUCAGGCGCAGCCGUUGAGGAGAGGUAGUGGGCAGGCGAGUUUGAAGGAUUUGUUGGAGGGCCAGUGAGAAGGGAAGAGUAACAGAUAUCGACAGGAAACAGGAGGGAAACAGAACUCAAAUAGGAAAUGAAAAUAUGUUGAAGUAAGGUUUUCAUAUGGUUAUAAGGCUUUCACGUCGUUGUUCCGAGAGUUCCAUGUAUUUGAAGUAGGGUAGUGGAAGCAGAUAUUCAUUUUGUUGAAAUAAGGUAUCCAGGGAGUUGGCUCAAGUGAGUGGUUGGUGUAGUUGAAAUGAAGUGUUGUUUGUUGUGGCUUCUCUCUUCAUUAGUAGCU